UCGAGAAGGUUGGUCUUCGUCUUUUCAUUUAUCUUGACUUUGCAUAGUUAUGCUGUCUUAACAGGAGUGAGGUCUGCUCAAUCACUCUGCCGACUCUGUCUUUGAGCUUGUGCCUGCUCACCAGGACACGCAGCUCGCGGCAGACGCGUUGCAAAGGGGAGAGUGGCGGUAGAAGUCGAGACCAUUAAGACCUGGCCGCACUCUGGUGUCGAUCCGGAUUCCCUCAUAGCAACUGGAGCACAGCUGGUCAAACUCGCACGAUCCGAAUAACAGCAAGACCAGCGACAUGGCUGUGCCAAAGAGGAAAUCAUGGCUGGCGUCCCAGUUCACGCCACGGAAGCUCAUAUUUUACACGCUCUUCCACGGGAUACAUAUCGCCAUCUUCAUCAUCGGAUGGUGGAAACAGGUGACUGAUCAGAGACUGGCGCCACUCAACACGCUGCAAUUCAGUGUCUGGUUCUCGCGAGGAGCUGGCUUGUGUCUAUCAGUUGAUACGAUGCUUAUCGUCUUGCCAAUGUGUCGCAACAUCCUGAAGGUUGUCCGGCCGAAAAUACGAUGGCUUCCACUAGAUGAGAGUCAGUGGUUCCAUCGCCAAGUGGCAUACAGCCUCCUGCUAUGGACGAUCGUACACGUUGCAUCCCACUACGUCAACUUCUUCAACGUGGAGAGAAGCCAGAUUCGGAAAGAGGCUGCCCUGGAGAUUCACUAUCAUCAAGCUGGAGGCAUCACAGGCCAUGUCAUGCUCUUGUGCAUGCUGUUGAUGUACACCACCGCGCAUGCCAAGAUCCGUCAGCAGAGCUUCGAGACCUUCUGGUAUACGCAUCACCUGUUCAUCCCAUUUCUGCUUGGAAUGUACACGCAUGCUACCGGCUGCUUCGUGCGAGAUUCUGUCGAACCACACUCGCCCUUUGCUGGCAAAAACUUCUGGGGACACUGCAUCGGCUACCAAGGUUGGCGUUGGGAGCUGGUAGGCGGUGGCAUCUAUCUUUGUGAGCGCGUGUACCGCGAAUUGAGGUCCCGUCGCCAGACCGAGAUCAUCAAAGUCGUUCGCCACCCUUAUGAUGCCGUCGAGAUACAGUUCCGAAAGCCGAGCAUGCGAUACAAAGCAGGACAAUGGCUAUUCAUCAACGUGCCAUCAGUCUCAAAACAUCAGUGGCAUCCCUUCACAAUCACUUCAUGCCCAUUCGAUCCAUAUGUCAGCAUUCAUGUUCGCCAAGUUGGCGAUUUCACUCGAUCUCUGGCGAACGCGCUAGGAGCUGGACCGGAGCAGCAAGCACUGUACGAUGAUCUGGAUCCGAUGGGCAUGUACGAAGUAGCACUCAACAAUGGCCAAGAGAUGCCACGUUUGCGAAUUGACGGGCCUUAUGGAGCGCCGGCAGAGGAUGUCUUCGAAAAUGAAAUCGCAGUUCUGAUUGGCACUGGAAUCGGCGUUACACCUUGGGCCGCAAUCUUGAAGAACAUCUGGCAUAUGCGACUUUCGCCAAACCCACCGAAGCGUCUGCGAAGAGUUGAGUUCAUCUGGGUCUGCAGGGAUACGACAUCGUUUGAAUGGUUCCAGGCUCUCCUUCAAUCUUUGGAAAUGCAGAGCAGUAACAUGUCCGGCGGAGAAGCCGGUGGUCAACAGGAGUUCCUGCGAAUCCAUACCUAUUUGACACAGCGCAUGGAUGUGGAUACAGCCCAAAAUAUCGUUCUCAACAGUGUUGGCACUGACAAAGAUCCACUUACCGAGUUGUCGAGUCGCACGAAUUUCGGCAGACCAGAUUUCAACAGGCUCUUUGUGGCAAUGAGGGAAGGAAUUAUGAACCAGAAAUAUCUCGCGGGAAUACAGGACCGUAAAGGAAAGGCCGAGGUGGGCGUCUACUUCUGUGGGCCCAACGUCGCUGCAAGAGACAUCAAGAAGGCGUGCAAGCAAGCGACGGUUCCUGGUGUGAAGUUCAAAUUCUGGAAAGAGCAUUUCUGAGCUAUACAUCGAUCGGUUACAAAGCCUUGGCCUCCACAUACUUGCUUGCGCGGUCACUCAAUUUCGGCCAAAUACCAGGCGCCGUUUCGGUUCCGCCGUGUUGAGAGCGUUGCAAGACAACUGGUCGAGCAUUGCCCUGGCGGAUCUACCAACUUGCCAAACCUGUCUCAUUUACUCGUAUGCCGUUGUGCGCAUGCGCUUAGCGUCUGACUCCGAAUCUUCAUUUUCGUCUUCACGCUUCCUCUUGCGCAGGCCGUCCGCUAGCUCUGCGACAACCGCAUUCGGAGAUCGAGAUAUUCCUGGAGUGGAAAUCGCACUCUCUGCGACUUCGGGGCGGCGAGACCGCUUGUCUUUGUGCGCAAACUUCUCCUGCUGCAGCUUCCGGAAGUCUCUCGCACGCAUGGACUUCGCCUCAAUCAACGGAACUCGCUUCCCGGCGACGUGGUGGUACUCAUUAGCGCCCUUGGUGCUCGCCUUGUGUGCAUCUGCCGCAUUUCGCCACUGUUGGUUGGGUAUGGGGAAGCCGUCCUGGUCGAAGGGGGGGGCGGUCUUCUUGUACAAAUUCGCCACUAGCGGUAGUGCUCGCCUCGAGCCAGGCGUUCACAUGCGCAUGCAGUUGGUCGACUUUUGGCCGGAGCUUCUCGAGUUGCGCCUUUGCCCUUGCGAACCGAUAUCCGUACUUGCGAGCUUCGCGCUUCAAGGCCUGAACAUUCUCCUUGGCCUUGUGGACGGCCGCUAUGUGCUCAUUCUUAGCGGUCUCACGUAUCUGUUCUCGCGCAGUUCUAAAGGCCAUCAGCACAUUUCUAGGCAUCUGCUUCGAGUUGACUCACUGCUGAGCAGCUCGCAUGGUGCCUCUGCCCCCUGCUGAGCCGAAUCGGAGGGUCCGCCAUCCUGAUUGUUGCAACUGUGGGAAAGGCUGGCGCGGUGACGAAGUGAAGAGGUAAUGCGACUUGUGUAUCGCGAAGAUGAACUUAGAAAGGAAGGAGGCGGGCUGAUUUCUGAUGACGUGCCCUGUUCACUCCAGGUGAAUGCCUCGAAUGGCACACCGUUGAGCAACUACUGAGCAAGACUGAUGUAGAGAAUUAGCGCCUUUCAAUGCAAUGGACUCCACUACACAACUUCGCCCAAAAUGCUGAAUGCCGAUCCACGCUAUGAACACCUUUACAGCUCGUUAAA